UUCUUCCUAUCUGCGCCGGAAAACGCCAGGAAAAUAUAAAAUGAAAAUAUAUUAUUAAAAAAAAUUAAUAGUUUAUUUUUUGUCAGCCGGGCCGGAGGAUAUCCAGGAGAGGCCAGGUGCGCAGGACUGUCUCCGCCGGCGGCGGGCAGYGCUGAGGAGCUCGGCCGGGCGCCAUGGAGCACAUCCGGAUGCCCAAGGUGGAGAAUGUUAGGUUACUCGAUCGUUUAUCUUCAAGAAGAGCUGUGCUGGGAACCUUAUAUUUAACAGCUACCCAUGUCAUAUUUGUGGAGAAUGGUUCUGAAACUCGCAAAGAAACCUGGGUUCUCCACAGCCAAAUUUCCUCUAUUGAGAAGCAGGCCACCACUGCCUCUGGUUGCCCAUUACUGAUCCGCUGUAAGAACUUUCAGGUCAUCCAGCUGGUCAUCCCUCAGGAACGAGACUGCCAUGACGUUUACAUAUCUCUGAUACGUCUGGCUCGACCAGUGAAAUAUGAAGAGCUGUAUUGCUUCUCCUUCAAUCCAAAAUUAGAUAAAGAGGAACGAGAACAAGGCUGGAAGCUUGUGGACCUCAAUGAAGAAUAUAAUCGGAUGGGUGUUCCAAACAACUAUUGGCAGAUUAGUGAUGUGAACAGAGACUAUGGAGUCUGUGAUUCCUAUCCUAYGGAAGUCUAUGUACCAAAGUCUGCAACUGCACACAUCAUAGUGGGGAGUUCUAAAUUUCGGAGCCGAAGGCGUUUCCCAGCUCUUUCCUACUACUGCAAGAGUAACAAUGCCUCCAUAUGCAGAAGCAGCCAGCCUCUGUCUGGGUUUAGUGCUCGAUGCCUUGAGGAUGAACAGAUGCUCCAGGCCAUUAGAAAAGCAAAUCCAGGAAGUGAUUUCAUAUAUGUUGUUGACACUCGGCCCAAACUCAAUGCAAUGGCAAAUAGAGCAGCAGGAAAGGGAUAUGAAAAUGAAGACAACUACUCCAACAUCAAGUUUCAGUUCAUAGGCAUUGAGAACAUCCAUGUAAUGAGAAAUAGUCUGCAGAAAAUGCUUGAAGUUUGUGAGCUGAAAUCACCUUCAAUGAGUGAUUUUCUCUGGGGCCUAGAAAAUUCUGGCUGGCUGAAGCACAUCAAAGCCAUUAUGGAUGCUGGCAUUUUUAUUGCAAAGGCUGUGGCUGAGGAAGGUGUGAGUGUGCUUGUUCACUGCUCUGAUGGCUGGGAUAGGACAGCCCAGGUUUGCUCUGUAGCAAGCCUUCUAUUGGAUCCAUAUUACAGAACUAUGAAGGGAUUCAUGGUGUUAAUUGAAAAAGACUGGGUUUCCUUUGGUCACAAAUUUAACCACAGGUAUGGCAAUUUAGAUGGAGAUCCAAAGGAGAUAUCACCUGUUAUUGACCAGUUCAUUGAAUGUGUUUGGCAGUUAAUGGAACAGUUUCCUUGUGCCUUUGAAUUCAAUGAGAGAUUCCUCAUCCACAUACAGCAUCAUAUCUAUUCUUGCCAGUUUGGGAAUUUCCUGUGUAACAACCAGAAGGAGAGACGAGAGCUAAAAAUCAAAGAACGAACAUAUUCAUUGUGGGCUCACUUGUGGAAAAAUCGUGCUGAUUACCUGAAUCCUUUAUACAAGCCAGACCACAGUCAAACCCAAGGGACCCUGCACCCACAGAUAGCUCCMUGCAACUUCUUGUACAAGUUCUGGAGUGGAAUGUACAACCGCUUUGAAAAGGGACUGCAUCCUCGACAGUCAGUCACUGAUUAUCUGAUGGCAGUGAAGGAAGAAACUCAGCAGCUGGAAGAAGAGCUGGUAAUCUUACAAGAGAGACUGGCGAAUCUUCAGAAAUCACAAUCAGGUGAUAGUAAAAUGAAGAGUAAGCAACAAGACCGAAGCAAACAGUUUGGACUGUAUACUUCCAACAACAGCUUAGCUAACACUCCCCAGGAGUAUAGCAAUGAUCUGAAAUCAUUCCCAUCUCGGAGCCCUUCACAAGGGGAUGAAGAUUCUGCCCUGAUUUUGACACAGGACAACCUGAAAAGCUCUGAUCCUGACCUCUCAGCCAACAGUGAUCAGGAGUCUGGUGUGGAGGACUUAAGCUGUAGGUCCCCAAGUGGGGGUGGCUGCGUGCCUAGUGAAGACAGUGGCAAGGACUCUGAUGAGGCUGUAUUUCUGGCAGGCUGAAACACCUUCAUGGCAGCAAGAAUCCAGAUGAAGUUGAGUCUUACAGAGUCUGGAAUGACAUCUUUUCAUGAGAUGAACAGAAGGGGUCUGUGGCCUAAAGAAAUAAUCCAAAGAAAGGGAACUGUGCAAUUGUGUAAGUAAAGAUCUAAGCAGAACAAGCUAUGGUUAAUUUUAAGACAUAACGCUAAAGAAAAGUAAUAUCUGCUGUUAUAUUUCAUUAAGCCAAUGUGGUGUUUAUCAAUGCUGUACAUAAUUACUCCUUACUUUGUACAUUUCCAUAACUAUUUAUUGGACAAGAUAAUAGUUCUUUCCCUAAGAUGUGRAACUCCCAAGUACUCCCUUAUACAAGGCUGAAGAUGCAUUAGUGUUAGCCUUACUGGUGAAGCAGUCAACACUUAUUUUUAUAGAGCUCAUUUGCUUUCAGGUAUAUGUAUAUUUUUCACUUUUUUCUUCACAAGAGGUUUGAACAAUUAUUUGGCMUAACCUCCUACUAAAAUCUUCUACAGCAAAGUAAAACUAACAAAUGGACCUGCUGACUCAGGGAACAAAUGAAGCUUUGAUUCUGAAAAAAWAUCCUUUAGUAAGCAGUUGCUGCUGCUGCAUCUGAAUGCAUCCCAUUUGUACUCAAUUCUGAAUCAGUGUUGAAAGUUCAGUAGUUUUUGUGACCAAAACUUCAAGGAACAUAACAGUAACCUUUGUGCUAAAACACCCCUUUGUAACAAAAGGUACACGUGGCAGUUUACUCUUGCCUCUUUAUAUUUUAUCAAGCUUGUUUAUAUCUUACCCUUGUUCCAAACCACCUAUGUAAGAUAUAAAGGUAAAAUUUUAAAGGUGAUAAAAUCCCAAAUUCUUCAGCCUAUUUUGAUUCCUACUUGAAAAGGUUUUGAGUGAGAGUAAGGUACAUAUACAAUGGAGAGAAUAGAGAAUAUAAAAUCACUUASGAAAACAUCACUUCAGAAGAUACCUGAAUUUGUAAGUUAAGUACUUUGUAAGUAAACUACUUUGCCCAUAAAGGAACUAUUAUAAAGGAUAUUUCUUCCAAAUUUUGAUUUCAAAAUAAACUAACCAUAACCAACUGGUGGUUUUUAUCCUCACACAAAAUUUCCUUUUUAGUAUUUGCCAACCUGAAUAGAGCAUGGCAGUACUAAUUUAAGAACUCAAUCACCAUUUACCAGAACGUUUAAUCUCAUUUAAGAAUUUUCACGUUUUCAAGAAUAGGAGUAAUAGUUUUCAUAAUCAGCAGUCCAGAAGUAAAUAACUGAAAAAUGUUUAUAAUUUGGAAUGUCUUGAAACUCAUUGAAAAGGUGGUUAUAUUAGGYUGCAACUCUUACAAGUUUUUUGAGGGUUUUCUUUUGUUCUUUUUUUUUUUUUCAUUUUAGUUAAAGCCAGCAGUUAAAAAUGUAAUUCAUAUGGCUGCUUUUACCUGCUUGAGGACAAUGCAGAAUUGAACUCUUGUACAGCAAAUGGGUAGUAAUGUAAGUUUACUUUGAUUGCAUUCCACACUACUUCUUUAAAUACAGACUUACAGGCAGAACUAUUAUAUCAAUAUACCUCAAUUUAGAAUCAUUAGAUUUUAUUACUCAGUCUKCUUUUCUGUAAUGGCUUUUCAUUCUGUUGUGUGAAAAUGUUAUUAAAAGUGAAUAGGUAAACUUCAGUAUUAUGACUAUUCUCCAACGGGAGCCGCUGUCUUUGAACAAAUAAUUUUUACCAGCAAKGUUUAUCUUAGUGUCAUAUUGGAAAGGCCAUAUCCUCAAUUUGAUAAACCACUAUGGCUCAAUCAAAUAAAUACAACUAUAAAUUAUAUUCUGUUGAGAAUCUAGCCUUCUGUUUUUUAAUCUUUAUGAAUUUUAAAUAAAUGAAAGCCCUGAUUUUAACUGCACUUCUAAAAAUGUUUCAUAUUUUGAACAUAGCCUGUAAAUUUUAUGGUAUUAAAGGAAACUAUGAAUGGUUUUCUCAAAUUAAAGAAGCAUGCUGCAAAGUCAGCAGAGAAAAAAACCCACAAAUAUUCUGCCUAAAAAUCAGUUUGAAAAUGGAUAAUKUUAUUGUACAUCUUUAAAAUGUAAAAUUAUGUAUGAUGGUAUUGUAUCCUACUAGACAUGUCUAGAAAUAAAUGCAGAGAACAAGAUACGCAAAUUCAAAGAGCU